CCAUGGUUGACAAACACAGAAGUCCCCCUUCAUUAUGAGAAGUAUUUAGCAGCAGUAAAUAUGUAAAUAUCAGUCAGUGUGUUGCUGGGAGGAGGCAGCAGGCUCUGCUGCAGUCUCCGGAUUGAGUUUCAUUCCUGCGGUUCUGACUGAAUGAACGCUCAUCAAUUAUUUACAGAGAAAGCUUGAAGGUCAGCGCAGAAACCCAGAGAGACCCUCGGGUCCCGGAGCAGAGUCUUCACAGCCGCCGAAGACGAAAGUUUUACGACAAUUUUGCUCACGAUGGGACUUAGCCAAGUCUCCAAUGUCACUCCAGACAUUGCUUUGGCGGCAGCAUCAGUGGUAGCGAGCAUCCUUCCCAACGCCUCCAGCACGUUUCCCACAUCGUCCCUCUCUCCACCAUCCUGCAGCAUCGACGAAUCCUACAAGUACGUCUUCCUGCCCGUCUGCUACUCGCUGACUUUCGUCUUCAGCCUCACGCUUAACUCGGUGGUGCUGCUGCGCUCCUGCGCCGGCGGCGGAGGCGGAGGGAACGGUAGCGGCGCGCGACGCUGGAACACGUCGCUGAUCUACAUGGUGAACCUGGCCACCACCGACCUGAUGUACGGCCUGUCGCUGCCCUUCCUAGUGGCCAGCUACGUGCUGCGGGACAGCUGGGUGUUCGGGGACUUCAUGUGUCGACUCGUCCGCUUCCUCUUCUAUUUCAACCUCUACUGCUCCAUCUUCUUCCUCACCUGCAUCUCCGUGCACAGGUACCUGGGCAUCUGCCACCCGAUGAGGACGAUCACUCUGGAGAGCAAGCGCGUGGUGAAGGGGACUUGUGCAUUGGUGUGGAUCAUCGUCUUCAUCCUCACCUGCCCCAUCUUCAGGUUCGCCCAGACAGGAUACGUCAUGCGAGGCAGGGGUAGCGGCGCCGAUGUUCCUGUGGUUCCUGGCGAGGAGAGGGAAGGCGGGAACAGCUCUGGAUCUCAGACGGUUGACGAGACAGGGUACACGAACUGCUGGGACGACGCCAUCGACAAGGAGUUUGCAGACUACGUACCGUACGGCAUCGUCCUCCACGUGCUGGGCUUCUUUGUGCCAUUCGUCAUCAUCGCCUGGUGCUACUCUCAGGUCGUCAGGACGAUAUUUCGGUCGCUGCGCUCACCGCCCAGCUCCCUCGAAGGCGGCGAAGGCGCCGAGGACGGCCCGGUGGGCGCUGACGGUAUGACCGAAGGAGUCCGAGACCGUUCGAGAACAUCGGUGUCCAUUUCCGGAUCGCAGUACUCGCACUACAUCCGGCGACGACGGAAGUCCAUAAAAACAAUCGUGACGAUCACGCUGCUGUUUGCGCUCUGCUUCCUGCCGUUCCACGUGACGCGUACGCUGUUCCUGUUGCUGCGGCGAGGCCGGCUCGGCAGCUGCGCCGUCAUGAAGACGGUCUCCAUCUGCUACAAAGUCACUCGGCCGCUGGCAUCCUGCAACGCCUGGCUCAAUGCCCUCCUGUACUUCCUGACGGGGGAUAAGGGCGCCCCCUGGUGUGGGCCGGCAGAACGCAGCGUCCGCAGAGACCGCCGCAACGGCUCCCUCUGGUGGCCGCUGAAGAUCCUGAAAAAAGAGGAUGACCACGAAACGCCCGAGAAGAUUGAAAGAGCGGUGCACACGGAGAACGAGUCCAAGUCUUCGAGGGUCAUCUUCUAGAAGGUUUUUAGAGACGGUUUCUUUUUGAGAGACUUUAAACAAAUCCAGCGACUGAA